AUGUUGCGCAGAUACUUCCAUUCAAACAGCAGGGCUGCUCAGCGUGCAUGGGCUGAUUUCUCAAAGAGAUCAAGAUCGUUGGAAGUGAAAAAUGUAGCUGUAAAGGCGAAUAUUCUGAAUGGUAAUGAUCAACAAGGCCCUCCAUCUCUCAAAAGACGGUUUUAUAGAGUCAAGUACAACUCUCCAGAGUAUAUUAAUGAAAUGUUUUCCACGGCUUAUGAAUAUUUGUCCUCCAUCGCGGGCAGGACAUAUGCUCAGUUAGAGACAGAGACGGACCCUACCAAGCGUUCCCAAUUAGCAGUUGAGGCUGAAAUCAGAAAUCCUGAGGUACAAUAUAACUUUAUGUACAAUGACAAAUUGGAAAAUAACCCUUCAAUAAUAGACUACGAGCAACCAGUUUAUAGGCAUCUCGGAAGGGAACACUGGCACUCACGUGAUAGAAUGUUACUGAUGCAGCGUCUAGAAACCCUGGCUGCUAUUCCAGAUACCCUCCCAACGUUGGAUCCUGUAGCUGAAGUCAAUAUAAGAUUUCCUUUCAGUACUGGUGUGAAAAAAUGGAUCGAACCGGGCGAGGUGUUGAAUUCCAAUGUUACAUCUAUGGAGCCAUCUAUUAAAAUCCAAGAAUAUGACCACAAUUUGGACACAGAAAAACAACUGUAUACUAUUUUGGUUGUCAACCCAGAUGAGCCCAAUUUGGAUACGGACUCUUUCAAGACUACCUUGAACUUCGGCUUGAAAAACAUUAAAAUCGGCUACAACGACAACCUUGUAGACCCAAGAAAGUACAAUGAAUCGAAUGUCCUUGCUCCUUACACCCCUCCAGUUCCAGAAAAGAAUGCUGGUGUACAGAGAUUUGUAGUGUGGGUUUUCAGACAGGUUGGUGCUUUGUCUAUGGGUCGUUUGCCAACUUCGGUCAACCAAGACUUCAACAUUAGAGCUUUUGCUGAAGAAAAUAACUUAACUGCUAUCGGAGCACACAUAUGGAGAUCAACAUGGGACGCUAAUGUUGCAGCUGUUCGAGAAAAGUAUGGCAUGGACAAGGGUAGAGUUUUCCACAGAGUCCGUAGACCAUAA